CGCGCGGUCGCGGGAGAGACCCUCAUCCAGGUCGAGAAGCCGCUCGGGCUGAACGUCAAGGCGUCGAACAAGGGCGUGAACGGCGGCGUCGAGGUCGCGUCCGCGCGCGGGAACGCCGCGAAAGCGGGGCUGAAGCAGGGCGACUUCAUCAUGUACACGUCGUCCUUCUUCGGCGACGAGCUGUGGCCCGCGGAUCAGGUCGGCUUCGUGCGAUCCGCGCUCAACGCGUGUCCGAAUCAGGUGGACUUCAUCGUCGUCCGCGACCCGAAAGCGGUCCAGACGAUCGACGUGAAGCGCCUCCCGAAGCGACCCGCGCCGCCGCGGUUCGGGAAGAAGCUCAGCGCCGCGCAGAAGGAGCGCGCGACGCACAUCUGCGUCGACUGCGGUUACGUCUACACCCUCCCGACGCCGUUCGCGGAGCAAGGGAAGGAUUACCAGUGCCCGCAGUGCCAGGCGCCGAGGAGUCGAUUCGCGAAGUACGACGUGGAGACGGGGCGGGCGGUCGCGGGGUCAGGCGGCGCGCCGCUCGUGACCGCGGUCGCGACCGUGCUCGGCCUCGGCGGGAUCGCGUACGCGCUCGUG